AUGCCGUUUAUUCCUCUGGAACCUGCCAGUGUGCAGCUACAGCCUCAGAAUGUGAAGCGAGGCGUUAUGGAUCUGAACUCUAUGAAGCCUCAGGGUCAUGGAAAAAUGAGCCUCUUGCUCAAGGCUGCAGACUCAGAUGUGGUGACCCAAAAGCGCAAGUCUUCUGCGGGAUUGCACCCACCGCCGCCCAAGUCUGUAGCAGAAAAGGCUGCUGCAGCGACUGUCGUGCUGAACCGCUAUCGUAUUGAGUACCAGAAUGAUUGGGAUAUGCCAGCAUCAAUAAUAGGCUCAAAAGAACUUAUUGAGGGAUUCAUUAAUCGAAAUGAGUCAAUUGAACUUGUCUUACCGGCGUUCCCUUUCAAGUCUUCCAAUAAGUCGCAAAAGGUCCUUGGUUCACUUCCAGAUGAAGCCGAACGUAUUUCAUUACUGCAUCUCAAUGGACUUUGUGAAUCCAUCAAGGAAGUAACAGAAACUGACUGUUAUCUCACAAUCAUCUCCGACGGUAUUUCAUAUAACGACCUCUUAGACGUCUCUGAUAGUGAAGUGUGGAUAUAUGGUCAGACGCUACGCUCUAUGGCUCAGGAAAUAGGAUGCAGUAACAUCCGGUUUCUACGCAUUUAUGAGCUGUUAGGGUCAGAGUAUAGUCACCUAACUACAUUAACAGAGGAAGAGUAUCUUUACAUGGUUCCUGACUUUCGAAAAGGACUGGAAAGUCAUCUGCCUGAAGGAUAUAACGUUGCGGAAGAAAUCUUACAUAAUGCGGACGUAACUGCUACGUACCGCGGCUAUAAGAAAUUCCUAGAGACUGAGCGAGAUACUAAGCUUACAAGCGGUCGCUCAAGAGCCGAUAAAGAAAACGCGGAGAUUGCUAAACGGAUGUUAAAUCGCGGCAAAGCUUUUGCGCAAGCUAUCAAAAAGAGGUUUCCAGUCGCUAUCCGUCUGUCAAUCCAUCCGUCUACAGAUGUUGACAAAAUCUCUAUUACGCUAUUACCACAAGAUAACGAGGUGCCUAUGACGCCCUGGCAUGGCGCUGUUAUGCGUAAAGUUAACGGAACAAUUACUAUGACACAUGCCAAUAAAGUUCUGGCCAUAUCUCACGAAAUUGUUUACCAGAACGGCCGUCCUAUGUACUUCCGAGAACGAUCUGAUCUCUUCUCAUGGAAUGAAAAGGACCUCGAAUUUGAGUAUCUUUACCCCACGGGCAUAAUGGUUCGACCACAAAAUCCUGCUAAAAACGCUCUCUCCACUGUUGAUAUGCAAAAAGUUCGCCAAUUAUCUGAGCUAUGCUCUCCUGUUAUUCUCCGUGGCUUCACCAACACUAGGGACCGUCGCGCCUUUACUGCUAAAGCAUAUGAUCUCGGCACAGUCUUGCCCUGGAAGUCAGGCAUCAUCCAGGAAGUCAAAGACGAGCGCAAUUCCGACGCCUCGAGCAAUAGUGUUGUCUCAAAAGAGGCUAUGCCCAUGCACUUUGACGGCAUGUUCAAGCUCAAAACGGUCAAAGACGAGAAAACAGGAGAAGACAAGCAGGUAUCCGACGUUCCGCGCUUUCAAUAUUUCGUCUGCCAGGCCGCCGCGCCUUUAGGACACGGCUAUACUCUAUUCUCGUCUUCAAACCAAUUUACUCGCUACCUACCGCAAUCUUAUAAUCUUAAGAAACUACUCAAAAUCCGUUGGAGCACCCAUAGCCAUGGCUAUUUCCAGCAUAAUAUGAGCGAUAUCUCUCUAAUUGUGCCGCAUCCAUCGCUAGGGACGCCCUGUGUGCGUUGGCUUCAGCCAUGGCCUCGCUGGAGGACUGCUUAUAACUCGCAUGACAUUAGCAUUGACAAUGGCUCGCAGAAUCUCAUCUCUUUGAUUGACUCGAUCCUUUUUGAUCGCCGAGUCUGUCUUUAUUUUACCUGGGAAAAAGGCGAUGUUUUGGUGUCCGACAACUAUUCGAUGCUACACACUCGCACUGCAUUCAGGGGAGACUGUGACCGCGAGCUGUGGCGUAUCCAUGUUGACUAA